AUGGCUGCCACUCUGGACCCUGCUGAGGUGCUUCAUUCUUCGAGAGGGAGAGAUAAUUUUCAACGUCUGGCUCGGCUUUUGAUAAGUGGAGGUACUGUACUAUUAAGGGAGGUUUUUGACAUCAAAUGUCCAUCAAGUAAUCUUCCUACUACACUUCAGAAUCCAGCCAUGAAGAAGCUACUUAAGGCAGCAAAGCUCACCAAACCACAGAUGGACUGCCUGUACCCUUCCCCAGGGAUGUAUGGAAAGUCAACAGACUUUGAUAUAACUCUCCUUUUCCGGUUGCUAAGGACAAUAUGUGGCCUCACUCCUCCUGUCACAGGCUGGGAUGCACUACCAGCAAGUACAGAUGACAGUUUAGAAGCAUAUUUAGCCAGAAUAAAAUAUUACCGCAAUUUGAUUUAUGGUCAUGUGAGGGAGAACAUGGAAAUCUCAGAUGACAAGUUUUCAGUUCUUUGGGGAGAAAUUAGUGAGGCUCUGGUGAGAAUUGCGGGUCAAGUCAGUCCUGCAAAGGCAAAAGAAUGGCAAACUGCUAUUGAUACAUUUUUAAAGGAUCCCCUCACAGAGGAGGACAAGAGAAAUGAGCAGGAAUUGCAACACUGGUACCAGAAUGAUACAGAAGUAAAGGAAUACUUGGAAAAAAUAGAAUCUUCAGUGAAGGAUUUGGGGAAAUGCUUAGAACAUGAAGUUCGAAAACAAGCCCAAGAAAUUAAAGAUGAGCUUGGAGGGAAAGUAGAAUCUACAGCGCAAAAGGUUCAGCACUUAGGACAAGAGCUUCGAGAUGAAGCCCAAGACAUCAAAGAUCAGCUUGGAGGGAAAGUAGAAUCUACAGUGCAAGAGGUUCAGCACUUAGGACAAGAGCUUCGAGAUGAAGCCCAAGACAUCAAAGAUCAGCUUGGAGGGAAAGUAGAAUCUACAGUGCAAGAGGUUCAGCACUUAGGACAAGAGCUUCGAAAUGAAGCCCAAGACAUCAAAGAUCAGCUUGGAGGGAAAGUAGAAUCUACAGUGCAAGAGGUUCAGCACUUAGGACAAGAGCUUCGAAAUGAAGCCCAAGACAUCAAAGAUCAGCUUGGAGGGAAAGUAGAAUCUACAGCGCAAGAGGUUCAGCACUUAGGACAAGAGCUUCGAGAUGAAGCCCAAGACAUCAAAGAUCAGCUUGGAGGGAAAGUAGAAUCUACAGCGCAAGAAGUACAGUGCUUGAGGCAAGAGUUGCGAGAUGUAGCCCAAGACAUCAAAGAUCAAUUAGAACUUGGUGGCCAACCCAAUUCCUCAGCUGGAGGUCAGCUUGUUUAUUUUUUUCUUUAAAGUAAAGUAUUUUUCCUCUAACACAGGCACUUACACAAUGUAUCAGGGUUACCUGUGCAGUGCUCACUGUUACAUGUAUUUUGACAGAAAUGGCUUCGUACAUUUUUGAAGCAGAGAACUGUCAGUUAUUUGUUAUUUGACUAUAGCUGGACAAUGACUCAAAGUAAUUGUCUGUUUUGCCUCUUUUGUCAUGGCUAGUUGCUGCAAUUAAUAACACUUUUUCCCCUUACAGUUAAAAUUCGAAUGCAGAUUGAUUGUGAGGCCAUCACAGACCCUCAUUCACAACUAGAGACACCAGGGACAGUGGUUAUAGCCAGUCAGGAUACCCAAGCUUGUGGUGAUGAGCUGGUAGUUACUGGAACAUCAGAAGGAAUGCCUAAAGGCACACAAGAUACCCAGGCAGGAAGCCUCAAGAUGGUAGUUACUGGAGCUAAGCGUAAGGCAGUAGAGCUUGCUGCAUCUGCUGGUCUACCACUCGUGGGAAGAACAGAAAGCAUCGAAGAAGCAGGUGUUAAAACUUAUGUUGUACCCAACACACAAGGAGUUCUGGAUUUCAUCGCACACAAGUACUUUCAGACAGUUGACACAACCAAACGUGAGGAACGAACUGAAUUUCUAGAGUUUCUAACAGAUGUGCGCAAGGUUCUUGUCCUGGAUACCCAGUCAGGAAGUUUGAUAAUAACAGUCCUGUGUACUUCACUAGAGAUACUGGAUGCCCUCUGGUAUGACUAUUGCACAGGUCACCUGAAUGACAUGGCACAGAAAUAUCUUGUGACAAAGGACAUACUGAAGGAGUUUGACUUGACUGAGCUGAGACUGACAACAACUAUUCAGCUGGAGGAAUACAAGGCUGCACGAAACUUUUUUCUGCAGGGUUCA